AUGACAUUGCAACCGUUUAGUGGCGAGCAACUGAAUUUCUUCAAGUUCUCCUUGUUAAUAUUAGAUGAAUUCCCAAGGGCCUUACGGCAGGCCUUUAAAACCAUGUGGGACAACACCUAUGGAGGUCUUCCUGGUUUCCAGCUCUGGGAUGAUUCAACUGCUGUGAGAAAUUUGUUUGCCACUACAGAGGGCGGUAAGACUAAAGUUCCUAUUCACCAGUCUUACAAUGAAUGGGAUUGCACCAAUCUGUUCCAGGCUACAAUAUUUGCGCAGUCUUUUGCCUCAUCAGCCUGCACAGGAUCCUACACCACGCUCAGUGAUUUUUACGUGAAACCCCGUGCGGUACCUCAUGGUAGUUUCCACGCUUGUGUGCUCAGCCGGGAUGGAAACAAUGAGGAAACCUUUGCACUUGCCAUAGAUCAGCUUCGUCGCCUUAGGAAUUCACUGUGUCACUCAACAAGUUCGAAGAUGGACAAACUGACCUUUGACCAGCGCGUGAGUUACACUAAAGACGCGUUUAAAGCCCUUGGUGUCCCGACAGCCACAAUUGACUUAGUUGGAAGUUUGACGGAGUCCGACUUCCCCACGAAUGAGGUUCGUAGAUUGGAUGUUGGAAUAAGAGAAGAGACUCGAGCGUAUAUCAAAUUUCUGGAGGAUGUAAGCUCAGAUAUCAGCGAGAUUAAAGAGUCGUUGAGUUUUUUAAAGAGUGCAAAGAGAGGAGAUACCGAAAAUAUCACAAUAUUGGAAAACAAGAUAAAAGAAAUGAAAGAAGCUCAAGAAAAACUUGACGCUGAGAACAAGCAAAAGUAUACCGCGAUUCUCGAGGGUGUAACCUCAACUAUCAAUGCUUUAAAGAACAAAGUUGAAGAAAAUACUGCUAGCAGAGAAGACAUUUCAAGGUUGGAAAAGAGAAUCAGUGAGUUGAAAGAAGGACAAGAUGAACGUUAUGCCCAACCAAAAACUUCAGGUAAAAUAUAUCAAGCGAUGAAACCUAUGCCUAUGUUCACACUACAUAGGCAAAACGUAAAAACCACGAUUUCACGACAGAAAAACUAACAUCCAUCACUCGUCAGAUAUGGGAUGUUUAUUACUUUCCAUGAUUUGUUUUUGGUUUUUGUAUUCUUGUCUAAUGUUUCUCGUCUUAUAUACUGGGAAGGAUGUAACAUGUUUUCACUGACUCCCCGGAUGUGAUGAUGUUUUUAGGGCUAUAUGCAAUCGUUGUACAGUAGUAGUGAUUUCAUGAGAUUUGAACGUCUGUUUUGUCCUAAUAAUAAGCUUGUUUACCAUGUUUAUCACUCCCGUUUUUUGCAACAUAUCCGAUCAACUGUUUUUAAUUCCAUGACAGGUAAUAACCGGCAUCUUUAUAGUCGGCAGGUUGGAUAUUUAGCAAGUGCUUUCUGAUAAUUCUUACGUCCGUUCUUUUUUUGCCAUAAAAGGUAUGAGAUCAUCGCUACUAGCAGCCGUCCAUUCCCUCAAUGGUUCCUAAUUUUAAUGGGCGUCAGGGCGAGUGUGAGAAGAUCAUCAGCCACGUGACCUCCGAGUCUAUCCGACUGGUGUCGAUUUGGGGUUCACCUGGAUUUGUAAAGACUUCGGUUGCAAUUGCUGUGGGACACGCACUCCAGUCUCAAGGACUGCCCGUAUUCUGGGUCUCAUUACGAGGACUCCGUUCUAAAGCAGAUCUAGUUUCAAAGUUUCUGGGCUUUCUAAGGCAACCGAAGUCAAAGAAAAAACCGUCAGGUUAG